CUGCAUUUUUGGCCCUCGUGGGGACUUGCAUAAGUACGGAAUUGAGGGCGGUACAGCACUUCCUCCGACCCGCCGCGGUAAGCACAGACCAGUAAAUUUUGAGAAGUUACAGGGGAGCGACUGCAAUAUCCUCUUUGACGACGACGAGCCUUGUGGAGGAGUUCGAACAAUUGGGUGACUCGGCCUUCGAGACAACCAUACACUGCUUGAACCAUGCCUCCCCGAAUCAGUAACUCGUCAGCCCGAUGCAUUGGUCGUGCCUUGCCAACCCAGAAUCCACAAUGUUUCUCACGGCCUCCAGCGAUACCUUGGCUUACACGAACUUCACAAGCCUCUUCGCAACGACAUUAUGCAUCGGCCGUCUCUCCUAUACCUCUAGGUGCCUUGAGGCUGCCCGAUGACUACAUCCCCCCUACCAAGCCGCCAUCAGCCCGCCGUCCGGAGACACGAAAGUCCCAGCUCCUACGCGCAUACACUGCACUACUCCGAUCGACGCCUUUGAUCCUCUUCUUCCAGCACAAUAACGUAACCGCCGUAGAAUGGGCUGCCGUCCGCCGUGAGCUGCGCAAAGCGCUUCAGGAAGUUGAGGCUCCAUUUGUGGCUUCAGAUGGUAAAGUGCCAGCCGACGUGGCCGGGUCCGUCGAGCUCCAAGUUCUGAGAACGCGCAUCUUCGAUAUUGCCUUCAGAGUUGUCGAGUUCUUCGACCCCAAGAUUGCAUCAAAGCAGUCGAAGGCCUACACGCAUGACCUGUCUCCCGCGGCUUAUGAAUCUAUCAAAGCAGCCAACCUCGCAGACCCAAAUAGCACUUAUGCAACAAUGAGCCCGCUACUUUCUGGACCCGUGUGCGCUGUCACAUUCCCUGCUGUCUCGCCGGCCCAUCUAGCUGCCGUGCUGAAGAUCAUGGCCCCUUCGCCACCUGCGUUCCCCGCGCCGACCAGAAGGAAGAACCCGGGAUACUACGAGUUGACGGCACAAAGUGGGUUGCAGAAGCUGCUCCUAAUCGGUGGGCGGAUCGAAGGCAAGGCAUUUGAUGGCGAAGGUGUCAAGUGGGUUGGUGGCAUUGAGGGCGGCAUGGAAGGACUGCGGGCCCAGCUGGUGCAUAUGCUGCAAAGCGCAGGCUUGGGGCUUGCGACGACGUUGGAAGGUGGUGCCAAAGGGUUGUGGCUGGCAUUGGAGGGACGUCGGACGCAGUUGGACGAGGAGAAGAACCCAAAGCAGGAAACCGCAGAGGCGGAAGCGGAAAAGAAAGAAUGAGCUGGCUAGGAUGGUACUAGCAACUAAUUUACACGAGAAAGUCGGCGGGAAUGUGUAUACAUAUGACUGUAUAAAUGUACUAAGAAUGCUCCCCGUGCCAGAGGAUGUGAGCUGUAUCCAAUUACUUGAAUACCUUACACGCAAAUAGUACACCUCAGGUUGUUGCUCUGUAACUCUGAUAGUUAUGAAAUAGACAGACUGCUCGAGUUGGGCACCGUUCAAACUUGACGCCCGUCUGAUAUGACACCCAUAAAGACUUCUCUGCAAGAACGUGGGAUCAAAGGCGACAGCAUAAAAUACCAUCGAUUAUUGCCACAGG